AUCGAAGUGAAGCAUCAGCCAUGGAUGUUCAGCUCACGCCUUUGUUGCCUCCGUAUAUAUAUUUUGUUGCAUGGCACUGGCCCCCCCCUCUUGCCCUCUGCAUGCCCAUAUCACGUGUUCAGGGGCUUAGCUCCUGGGCAUGUUUCACUCCUAAAGCACCUCCGGAGAACCCAAUUUAUGCUCCUCAGAGAGCGCAUUUUGCACUGCGUUAUAUCUUCUUCGAGCGCUCAAACGCCAGAGUGAGAUUUCCUCGGACUUCCAUCGUUCUUCUUGAACUGAGCAUAUAGCAAGUAUCGCCGUUUUCAUCGUGAAGAAAAUUUAUUGAAUAUGACCUUCUCACUCUCGCUCGCAACAGAAGCUAAUAUCCCCGGCUUAAUCGCGGUCUGGAACUCAGCUUUCUGGCAACCGGCCGUGCAGGCCGUCUUCCCUGAUACUCCUACGGGACGAGAAUGGCGGCGGAAAUCAUUUGAACGAAGCAUGAAGACUCCGUCUCAACACUGCACGCACAUGAUCGUGACAGAAGAUUCUGCGGAGGGGAAAGAGAAGAUUGUCGCGUUUGGGAGGUGGUUUAGGUAUGGCGAGGGAGAGUUUGAGAUGGAUUGGAGCACGAGGUGGGAGCCGGAGUUGCCGGAGGAUAUGAAGGUUGAGAUUGUGGGGGAUGUGUUUUUCGAUCCGAUGGCGAGGCAGCGUAGUGCUGUUAUGGGUCAAAGACCACAUUAUUUUCUUGAAGUUCUAGCAACUGAUACGGAGUAUCAGAAGAAAGGCUUAGGCUCUAGGCUUCUGGCUUGGAUCUGUGAGAAGGCGGAUAGUGAGGGGUUGGAACUGUAUUUAGAUGCUGGAAAAGGUGCUCAGAGUUUGUAUGAGAAGUUUGGAUUUAUGGAGCAGGCUGACAAGAAGGAUCCGAAGGCGGUGGCUCCGAUGCUGAGGCUUGCUAAGAAGAAGGAGGAAUAGAAGUCUGAAGCGAGCCUCCAUGUUUUACGAAUCCACUGUGGUGUCGAUACCAACCUCAACUGCGCACCAAUGUAUGUAUUCUCACAUGGAGCCAACGAACAGUCCAGCAAACUCGUGGCAGGGCAAACAUGUACUCGCUCUGGGAGCAAAAAGUUGGUCAUUUAGAAUCAAGUCAUUUACGGAUACUAAGGUUGAAGUAGCAAACAUGUUCAUUCAGACAUGCAAGGAAGGUUCCUGAUUUCAUGAUGGCACACCAUUGCCCCCACAAGCUAAAUUCUGAAUAAUGCAAAGACCAAGCAAAAACAGAAGCG